UAACCGACAACCGGGCCAUUUUACAACCGCAUACGAGUGCCAUUCACAGGCAGUCAGUAGAAAGCGUGCGAGUCAAUGCACGUACCGGUGUUCUAGCAGCUGGUUGUUCCUGGAAGCCAGAAUGACUAAUUUAAUGACCAGGGUAUUUUUACAAAGGUUACCCCCAAAGCUAUGUGCUAGCAUUAGUGUGGGGAGUAUCCGAUACAACCAUAGCCAUUGGGAACACCAUGGGGAUGGAUCAAGCAAAAGACAACGGGUUUAUUUUCAGAACUCGGCGGUUGCGGGUUUGAUUGGGGUAGGGGCUGGAGUUGCCCUGUGGCUCAACUCGCAUCAUUCUGCAGAGGCAGCCAGUCUACUCACAACAGAGGAAGAAGUUUCUACCUUUGGGGCUUAUCACGAUGGUCUACCGGAAUAUACACUUGACGAUGUGUCCAAACAUGCAACUAUGAAGGACAGGGUGUGGGUGGCAUACAGACAUGGGGUUUAUGACAUUACUGAUUUUAUCCAGGAACAUCCAGGUGGAGACAAAAUCCUCAUGGGAGCAGGAGGUUCUGUUGAACCUUUCUGGGCCCUAUAUGCCGUUCACAAGAACCCGCAUGUGCUAGAGUUGUUUGAGAAGUACAGGAUUGGAAACUUAUCUUCAAGUGAUGUUGGUGCUCAGGUUAAAGACAUGGAUGACCCUUACGGCAAUGAGCCUCGCAGACACAUCGCCUUAAAGCCUUCAUCAAAAAAGCCUUUCAACGCUGAGCCUCCUCUCCCUUUACUUGCCGACAGUCUGAUUACGCCAAAUGAGCUCUUCUACGUCCGAAACCACCUGCCAGUCCCUGACAUAAAUGCCUCGGCCUAUGAGUUGGAUAUCACUGAUGAAGAGACUGAUAAGGAGAAAGUUCUUACACUGGAUGACAUCAAGAAGUACCCCAAGCGCACUGUGACGGCCACAAUACAGUGUGCGGGGAACCGUCGCUCGGAAAUGACAAGGGUGAAAGCUGUCAAGGGAUUGAGCUGGGGCCAAGCAGCUAUCGGGAAUGCCAAGUGGAGUGGAGCACGGCUCUGUGAUGUGCUCAAGGAUAUGGGUAUAGAGCGAGAUACCACUGAUGCUCUACAUGUACAGUUUGAGGGGCUGGAUACAGAUCCUGCACACAUGCCAUAUGGUUCAAGUAUACCCAUUGAGAAAGCACUAGACCCCUAUGGAGAUGUUAUUCUGGCAUAUGAGAUGAAUGGUGAACCCAUACCAAGGGAUCAUGGCUACCCUAUCAGGGUUAUAGUACCUGGGGUUGUGGGUGCUAGAAAUGUCAAGUGGCUAGGUAGGAUCAUUAUAUCCAAGAAAGAAUCAGAUGCCCACUGGCAGCAGAAUGACUACAAAGGUUUUGCCCCAAACGUUGACUGGGACACUGUUGAUUUCAAGAAAUCCCCUGCUAUUCAGGAACUGCCUGUCAUCUCUGCUAUUUGUGAGCCACUAGAAGGAGAGACAGUGAAGGUCAAAGACAGCAAGGUCAAGCUGAGAGGCUAUGCAUGGAGUGGAGGUGGGAGGAAAAUCAUCCGUGUGGAUGUUUCUGCUGAUGGAGGCAAGACAUGGCAAGCAGCGGACCAGUUAGAGUCAGAUGAAUCAGGUCACCCACGUGCUUGGGGAUGGUCACUCUGGUCGGCUGAGGUCCCUGUGAGCAAGAAAUCAGGGGAGGUCCAGCUCUGUGUCAAAGCAGUGGAUUCUCAAUACAACACCCAGCCAGAGAAUUUUGAAAACAUCUGGAACCUGAGGGGUGUCCUUGCCAAUGCCUACCACAGAGUUAAUAUCAAUAUUGAACAGUGAGAAGGCUGUUUUCCGUUAUAUUAAAGAAAUUAUGCAAGGGCUUAACUAGUGGUUGAAUGAAAAGAAAGGAGAUGGGUAAGGGGGUAAAUAGUUGGUUGGUGGAUAGUGUUUUUUAUUUUUUUAUUUUAAGGAGGUUUGUCCUUAGUGAGGAUUUAAUGAAGAAGUACAUUGAUGUGUGGAUGUGUGUAAAAAUGAUAAUUUUUGUUUGUAUUCAAACAUGCAAUACUAUUAAAGAGUUUUAACCUG